AUGGACGAUAAUAUCCACGCUCCAACUGUUGCCUCCGGACCUGCAUCCGGGGGUGCCCCUCGCGAUUUGUCCAAGCUGUCGAUGCCAGAUCUGAUGCAAGAGAAAGAACGCAUCGAGGCGGAAUUGUCAGCGCUAAGUAGCGUCCUCCAGUCGCAUGGAGUGCGCAUGACCUCAUCACUCACCACCUUCGAUGGUUUCCCGCGGGAUGAUAUCGACAUCGCGCAAGUCCGUACAACCCGUGUGCGCAUUAUCCACCUGCGAAAUGAUCACAAGGAGGUGAUGCGACUUAUCGAGAAAGGCGUCCACGCACAUUUCGCCAACCUACAAAAUACGCAAGCCACUGGCCCAACCACGAACGGCACAGACGUACCGGCAGUUGUACAGUCGACGACAAAUAGCACCACGUUGGGAACACCAUUUGCGAAGGUCAAUAGUGUGGUUCCGGAUAGUCCAGCCGCCCAGGCAGGACUGAAAGCUGGUGAUGCCAUUCGAAGCUUUGGGGAUGUCAAUUGGCUGAACCACGAGCGUCUUUCGAAAGUUGCGCAAGUAGUUCAACAGAACGAAGGGCGGCCAGUAUCAGUCAAGGUCAGUCGCAAGAAUGAGACUGGAUCCGAUACCACGGAGUUGGACAUUCAGCUCACCCCUCGGCAAAAUUGGGGUGGCCGUGGCAUGCUAGGAUGCCAUUUGGUGCCUUUAUAA